UGUGGGCGCUGCUUCCAGUAAGCUAGCGCAGGGGAAAGUAUUUUAUUAAACAUCUGUAAAAACCGCUGGGGCCGAGGGGUAACGUAGCCGAACGGCAGGAUUCCUGUCUAGCUAGCCGCGACGAAACACUGUAUUUCCGGUUAAAAUCCCAAAUUAAAAAAAAUGAUCACACACAUAUUGAAACUUCACUAACUAACAGGGCAUAAAAGUAAUAACACAAACCGAAAGUACACAGUGUUUUAUUUUAAAGUAAACGAAAAGACUCUGUGAAACUACCGCUGUUCAUCGCACUCAUGUUCCCUGUUGUUUUGUGCGCUUUAAGUUCAUGCUUUAAUUGUGAAAGCAAUAACAGCCAGUUUCCGUCAUCGCCUAUAGUAACGUUCGCCCUGGAUCAGCUCGCACAGUCCACAGCUAGCUACCACCAACCCUCUUCUAACGUCGUUUCAGUCUGGCUGUGGGAGCGAGUGAAGGCGGUCUGCUCGUUCAAGACUGUCGGCAGAAAUGAAGAGCCAACAGAAAAGCCCCGAGCCUGAUGGGAGUGUUACCGUCAACGAGGAAGGGUCCGUAGCCACUGCAGAGGAUCCAGCAGCUAUCGCCACCAUUCAGUCUGCAGCCACCUUCACUGACCAACCCAUCAAAUAUCUCUUCAAGACAGAAGGAGCAGGCGGGCAGGUGACCUAUAGAGUGAUCCAGGUGUCAGAUGGCCAGCUGGAGGCUCAGACAGAUGGAGCUGCAGCAGUCAGCCUGGUCGCUGGUUUCCCUGCAACCAGUCAGACUGUGACACAGGCUGUGUUCUCCCAGUCGGAGGGGUUGGAGGGAGACGGCAGCACUGAGACGCAGUACACAUACUACCCCGCCACCAUCGCAGAUGCCACAACUGGCACCAUGGUGACCACAGUUCAGGCUUCUGACACACUGCUGGGCCAGACUACACCCACAGGGCAGCUCUACGUGAUGAUGUCACCCCAGGAAGUUUUGACGGGAUCCAAUCAAAGGACAAUCGCACCUCGUACUCAGCCAUACAUAGCAAAGCAGGAGGCUCCUCGGGCUUCCAGAGAUGAGAAACGACGAGCCCAGCACAACGAAGUUGAGCGCCGGCGGAGGGACAAGAUCAAUAACUGGAUUGUUCAGCUGUCAAAGGCCAUCCCAGACUGUAACGUUGACUAUACCAAGACAGGACAGAGUAAAGGGGGAAUCUUGUCCAAAGCCUGUGAGUACAUCAAGGAACUCAGACAGAGUAACCUGAAGCUGGGGGAAGACAUCGGCACUCUUGAUCGUCUCAGGAUUGACAACCAGCUGCUCAGACAAGAGGUGGAAGACUGGAAGUCCAAGAAUCAGAUCCUGAGGAACCUGCUGCGACAGCAUGGUAUUGUAGGAUCAUCCAGCACAGACCCCCAGUGAGAAGCAUGUUGCCAACGGGUAUUUGAGGACAACCACAUAUGGGCCAAAAGAGUACUUGAAACACUUUGAGAUACUUUGUGAUCGUGUUUGCAUGUAAUAGGGGAAAAUAAUUGAAUAUUGUCAUUAAUAUUCAAAUCCAGCUUCUUUGCUAAACAACAACCUUAAAUAUUAUCUUUGAAGGUUUUUACAAAAUCGAAAUCCUUUGCCUGGUGAUUCCAACCCAAACAUAACACAAUGUAUCGUAAAAAAGAGAAAAAGAAAUCAACAUCAUUCUCAGUUUGCGAAGUCAGAUCAGUUUAUCUAAGCCCUCAUUGAAUGCCUUCCUCCACAAACAUUAUGAUUGAUCAUUAACCUCCAGUACAGUAAACUCUAAAACAUGACCAACUUCUCAAGUCAGUUUGUUUUUCUUAAUCUCUGCAGUACUGUGCUUCUCUGUAUCAAAUGCACUCAUGUUACCAUCUCUGAAAAUCAUUGUAUUCAUGCUUUGACUUGUUUUCAUCUUUUAUCAAUAUCACUCUGACCAGUCGAUACCAAGUUUUUUCAUCCGUUCAUAGUUAAGCUCUUUUUGCUUUGUAUUUUUGUAUGUUGUUUCAUGAAACCUCACUGGGGACAAUAAUUACAUUGCAACAAUGUAACUAAGUAAAUAAACAGGGGUUGUAAGCAUUGCAGUAGCUAGGCUAUGUAUGUCUUUAUAAUAAUAAUAAAAAAACAAACAAAUAA